ACUAAAAUAGAUAAAUUUUUGUAUUUCCUUUAUAUCUAAUAAUAUUUUUAACUAAUUUAUUUUGGUUUGAAAACCGAUGAGGAAGAAAAUUUUAUUAGAAACUGUAAAGAUUAUGUAGUACUUUCAUAAGACCUUUGCGCUGAUAUAUUAAUUAAAAAAUUAUGUAUUUAUGCCAUAAAAAACGCUUUUAAGGUUUUCCAAAAGCUCAAUGUGAAACAAAAAAUAUUUAAAUCAGACACGUAUAUUUACUCUAGAAUAUCUCGUGAAGAAAUCAAGAAAAUACGUUGAUGCGUUUAUGUAUAAUUUAUAGUAUAAGUAUAUUUUUAGUUUCAAAAUUUGAACCCAAUAUGUAACAGAUGUACUCAAAAAAUAAUUUCUAUACGAAAAAGAUGUACACCUUUCCAUAAUUUGAUAGUCUGUAAUCUAUACUUAUAAGAAAAAAAUAUUAAAUAGCCAAUUAUUACUUUGCAAAUGAUUGGCUAUACUCAAUCAAUCUAGCUACGAAAGCGUGAUCUCCAAUUCUCCGUAGGGCUACGGCCAUAAUCAUGUAUAUGCUUAAGCUUAUUAAUUAUGGGAACAAUCAUUAUCAUAUCGAACCUAGCUAUAUAUGCUAUGAAUGGGUUGGUCAAUACCAAAUCAAUGUUCUCAAUUUUAGUGGAUCCCUUUAGGUUCUGUGAUGAACCAAUAAGAGCCACAGCCACCAUCUGUAAUUCUGUAUAUAUCUAUCUACGAUGAUUUGAUUCCAUACAAGUUCCCAAAUUCCUUUUCCUUUAUGAGUUAAAAUAUUGCUAAACGGGUGUUGUUAAAGUGAAGGGAUGCUCCUUCAUUUCAUUGGAAGUUCCUUAUUCCAACCACUUGCGCCGACAGAGUAUAUAUGGAUCUUUGAAUAAUGUUCCAAGUCAUUUUGGUCGUCAAACAAAAUUUCAGGAUGCUCCGUCAAACGAUGUUCUUCACUAUCUCUCUCUUUUUCUCAAAAUGUACCGUAGAGAAACUUUUGACAAGAUAUGAGGCCAGUCGAAAAGAGAAAUUUGGUUUGAUGGUGAGAUCUGAGAGAAUAUUUAGAAAGCCGACAUUUGAACUUUUUUAGUCAAAUCUAUAACAUUCGUUCGAGUAUUAACAACGGAAUGACGUUGAUCAGGUGAUUAAAGUUUAAAUAAUUAAAAUUGAUUGAAUUUUUUUUACUUUUCCUCUUUUUUUCUUUUUAAUAAUUGUUUCGACAAUCUUUUUCUUUUUUGAUAAUUCACCUACACUUUGUACUAUAUUUUUCCAAUUGAAAUGUUGGUCCAAAACUCGUAAACUUUCCCCGGGAAAUUUUUUUAUAUGACUUAAGUGAAAAUAUGGUAGUCACAGGCGGACCGAGGUGCGGGACACCCCUUAAAUUUGGGAGAGAAAUUAAUGAACCCUUAGUAGUGGUUUGAAUAUGGAAAAAGGGAGAAAAAAAUAGCAUACGCGAUUUGAAUGUAUAACACGGUAGUUAUUAGUAAACAUCUUUUCUAUUUUACUACACUUCAUUAUUGUUGUUGUGAUUUUGUUAUAAAUGUCAUUAUAAAUGUAUAACCCUUAUCUUCAAAAUUUUCAAAGCCUAAAAGUGAACCCAUGAAUUACCCCUAAUCCCUGUCGUAUUCAAAUUUCUAACACAAUUUAUUAUGAAGAGUUUGGUCAUAUUUCUUAUUCUUUUCUUCAACAAGAUUUUGAAUUUUUUUAUCAUUGCGUUAAAAAUGAUAAGUUAUAUUGUAGAUUAAAUUAGUUGAGUUGAUGCUGGAGAUAAAAAUUGAAUCUAACAUAUCCAUGGGUAUAUUUGCUCAUCAAAAUUGUAUUGAUUUUACUAGUUGCAACUCCAAGUGUCGAGAGAUUUUUCAGCUUCGGGUUACAUCAAGAACAAGGUUCAGAAUCGAAUAAACGAUCAUUUUGGGAAUGAUUGUCUAGUAUGAUAAAUUGAAAAAGAUUUUAUGAGCAAUAUACACAGUAAGCAACACAUCGUGGGCUUUUUAUUUAGAAUUGAAAAACCGUAUUAUACCGGCGGUUCGACCUGAAAAAUCUCCUUCCGGAGGCUAACCAGUAAGCGGUAUUUAACGCUAUGAAACGGUUAAACCACGGUUUCAUCCUAAAAUACCCUAGUCCUAACUUUUUCAGUACAACCUCCGAUACAUUAAUCAUUGCUUUUUGUUGUAACUUGUAGUGCUAGUCAUAUAUUUCCUUAUUUGAGUAAUUUUUUAAUUUUAAUUAUUGAAAUGGACACCCCUAUACAAAAUUUCUGGGUCCGCCACUAGUGAUAAUAAUAUCAUUUCUCCCUUUUAUGUCACAUAAGCAUUCACAUGAUGUUGUGUUUAUGGAUCAUUUUUCACUUAAAAGCUAGAAAACGAUCGAUUCAAACCGUCUCAUUUUCAACCAGGGCUUGCAUUAUAUAUAUCAUUCCUUUACUUAAAGAGGAGUGUAAACGUGCAUUGACAACCACGUAACAGGGCCGGCUAAGAGGGUGUGCCGGCCCGCUCUCCGGCACAGGGCCUCUGAAUAUUAGGGGUCUCCAUUCAGAUUCGUUAGUUACCGAUCAAAUAUUGCAGGUUGUUUUUUUAGUGUAUGAUUGAUAGAUUAAGAAUAUGAUGACGAAUUUAAUAGAUAAUUUUAGCUAUAAUAACAAUUGAAAAGGAUCUCGCGUAGAAAACGAAAAUCAGAGAGAUAAUAGAUAAUUUUAAUUUAAACAAUAAAGAAAGAUAUUACAUUUUGAAUAAUGGUAUUAUAAUCAAUUUAGUUUUAUUAUAGUUAAAAGUCAAUUUGGAUAAUGUCUCAAUUUUAGAAUAGGGCCUACACGAUCCAUUAGAUAGACCCGCACCCACCUCUCGAUCAAUUUAUAUUAUUUUCAUUUCUCCAUUCAAUUUUUGCUCAAUAUCCAUUUUCUGUUCCCUCCAGAUUUACUUUUCUCCCUCCAUGCUAGGAGUGAGAAUUUGGUCUUGGUUUCUUGGUCAAACAAGAAGUGGGAUUGUUUAUUCAUUUUGAGAUCAUUUUAUCAAUGCUGUCAAAGCCGAACCGGAGUAUGACCCGGUAAUGGAACGGCUCGGUCAUUAGUGGUUUAGCCGGCAUUAGACCGUUUAAAAACCGUUUGAGAACCGGUACAUUAUAAACAAUAUAAUAUCAUAGUAGAACACACAUAAAGUAAUAAUAAUUCAAUGAUUUAAUGAGUAAAAAUGAUAAUUACAGGUACCAUUUAAUAAUUCUACACAACAUAUAUAUACAACAACUAAAAAAAAACCCUAACCUAAUCCUAAGCGACAACGCCGCUUCCCCACCCAUCACUCUCCUUCCUUCUGCUUCCCAUCCCCCCUCCCUCUCUCCUUCCUCCUCUCCCACCGCUGCACCUAUUUUCAUUUUUCAGCCACUAUAGCCUUCUGCAAUUCCUCAAAAAUCUAUCACCUCAUCCUUUCUUAACCCGUAAAUGCUCUUCCUCGUCCCAAUCCGCGAAAUGGCUCGGAUUCAAUCCAAGCCUCUGGUGAGACAGGGCAGCUUAGCGAGGAGCUGCUUGCGACGGUGGCGACGGGAUGGAAGCGCCGGGAGCGGGGAGCUGCUUGCUACAACAAGGACUGGCGAUGGCGAUGCGAUGGUGACUGGGGAUGGCGAUGCCGGGACAAGAGGUGUUGACGGCCGAUUCCACGAUUGGCCUUUUUUUUUUAGGGUAAAUCAAACGGCCGAACCGCGCGAGCGGCUCGAGCGGUUAACCGCUUCGACCGCUCGCCGGCCGCUGUAUAAAACCGUGGCGGUUAAAUAGCUGAUCCGAGCCGGUUUUACGGGCGGGUGGCGGCUUUGGCGGUCCGGCCGGCCGGCUCAGGUUCGGCUUUGACAGCACUGCAUUUUAUGAACUUAUGUACUUUAUAAUUAUUUAAUAAAUUUUAUUUUUGAUAAAUUUAUUGAGAAAAAAAUUAGGGGCCACAUGUUCAAUUUUCGAACAGGGCCUCCAAAUAUCAUGGGACGGCUCUGCCACGUAAUAUUUACACAAAUACACGAUUAAAUAAUAAUCCAUUUCUCAUUUCUUUUUGGAUGCUAGUAAGGUCAUAUUUAUAAGGAUAAUAACAAUGUAAUCUUUCUUUCUUGAUCUAGUUAGUUUUAUGUUUAUUUUAUAUUAAGUGAGAAAUGAACGAUAAAUCAAAUAGAAGGUCUAUUUAAUGAAAAUGAGCAAUUGCAGUUAAAAGGAUUACGAAAAAGUGCAAAAACAACAUAAAUUGAAGACUGAUUAAGGGAGGUAGUUUGACGGUAGUCUCUUCUUUUGAAGUGAAAGCUAGACAUCCCAAAAUUUCCCAAAAAUAUGCUGUAUGGGAAGCCAUUGCGAUUCUUCUCACAAUAAGCAAAGAUUUUAUUCUCUCACCAACACAAAGAGAUUUUCUCCAGCAAUUUAAUAAUGUUCCAACUUGGAGCACCUUCAAGUCUGUUCCACUCACCACCACCAUCUUCAGUCUUGUGCUAUUAUGUUAUGUAUGAAGCAAUUGGUUAUUCAGUCAUCUCUGCAUACGCCACUCGUAUAGUGGUCGGAAUUAAGAGGAUGCGGAAGGAAGAAACAAUACAAGUAGCCAAGUAAGAGGAGCUCUCGUAUAGUGUUUCUAACUGAUGGGGAAAAAAUCCCCAUUUCUAAUUCGAAACAAAACAAGACAAAGUACAUAAUAAAUAAAGGAUGUUAACUAGGCAGAUACAACUCUUAAACAUCGUUGGAUACAUGACAUGCUCUCGCACCACCGACACGCUUACCUCUUUCUUUAGCGUCAUUCUCUACUCUAAUGAGACGUGCGUGUUACGAUUCUUCAUUGAUUUUCAUUAUGUUCCACAUGUUAUUGAUUUUAAUCGCUUUGAGUUUCUACUCCCCAACCACAAUAUUAUGAGUUAAUGAUACUUUGAACCCUUUUCUCAUUAUUAAAAAUUAAAAAAAGCAUGUCAAAAUGCAGCAUCCAGCUAAAAAGCACUGAUUUCGGGCCUGCCUUUGGCCUUUCGGCAUUAACGUGAGGUUGCUUAAUUAAACUAUCUCUCUCUUUUAAAUUUGCAGCAAAGCAUUGCUAAUGGUAGUGGAUGAUUGGGACGUGCGUGCAUGUAAUGAAGGCCAUAAUCAUAUAUUGCAACUUGCAAGUUGGAUAGAUCGAUAAAGCCUUGGAAGAUGGUGCAAAUUAUUGUUCCCUCCCCAGCGCCACAGAGCAUACGCCCAAAUCCAAUCACUGACUACAUACACAGAAUAGAACAGAAAAGAACGCCUCUCCAUCCAUCCCCUGUUUACUAUAUCUAUAUAAUUAUAGUACGUGAACUGUGUAUUCAUCCUUUCGGCCCCUAGCAAGCUAGGCUCCCUUUCUCGUUAUUCCUUUUCACUUUUGUUUUUCAGUAAAUUAUUAUCUGUGCUUUCAAUUAUGACAAUAUCUGAGUUCCAGAGCUGAUUUAUCGUGUUUGAAUAUAUGUAAUUGGAUUUUUUUUUUUUGGAAAUAGAUUUUUUUUGGAUUUAAAAUACACGUUGUCGCAACCGUCCCGUCCGGGGGGUGCGAAUGUCGUCGCGUCGGCAUUUUUUGGGAGUCGCCAUCGAUCUUAGUUGGAGUGGAUCGAACACUCUUAGGAUCGGCUCUAACCUUAGGGUCAGAACCGAGAUAUGGUCUGCGAAAAUGAAGUUCUGGGUUCGGGAGUACGGUUACGUGUAGGGAAGUUAAGCAACACCCCCACAACGCCCUAAAUCGGUACUACUUAAGUCGAUAAUUUUUAUACGAGUUGGGUGUAUUUUAGUAAUAAUUUGUAAUUUUAGGG